AUGACAGACAAGCUCCCCCCCAACCUGCUCGCGCUGUUUGCGGCGCGACCACCCCUGCGAUGGGUUGAAGCUCCAGAUUAUGCGCCCCAGAACCGCAAGACAGCGCCCAUCAGCGGCGUCGCCCAAUUCCUCCCAGAGCUUCAGAAAUACAAGGAGACCGACGUAUACCAUCCUACCGAGAGUUGGCUGCAACGUCGCGAUCGCAAGAAGCGAGAGAAGAAGGAGAAGUUGGAGAGGCUUGUCACAGAGGCGCCCGAGCAUUACCGUCCCGACAAGGAUACCAACAUCCGUGGUGAUGCUUUCAAGACUCUGAUUGUUGCGCGUUUGAGCUAUGAAGCCGACGAAAAGGACUUGGAAAAGGAGUUUGGUCGCUAUGGCCCUAUUGAGCGCAUUCGCAUUGUUACUGAUACUCAUGCCGACGAAAAGCCGAACAAGAAGAAGAAGGCCCACCGAGGCUAUGCUUUCGUCGUUUUCGAACGCGAAAAGGACAUGCGAGCCAUUUGUUUUCUUCCCCGGAUGUACCUUUUGAGUCGUGGCCCUCAGGCUUGCCCUUCUCUCGAAGUAUAUGGCGAGACAUCACUGGGCCCUCAAGCUUGCCCGUCUCUGCCUCUUCCUUUUCUUUUGUCAAAUCCAUUCAGCACACGAGGUACUAUUGAGGCGGCUUUGGAUUCUUGUGAUGGCAUGCGCAUCAAGGACCGACGUAUCAAGGUAGACGUUGAACGAGGCAGAACCGUCAAGGGCUGGCGACCACGACGUCUCGGUGGUGGUCUCGGUGGCCGAGGUUACACUCGAGCCAUGGCCUCACGUCCCAUGGGCCCCGGUGGCUUUGGCGGCCCCGGGGGAGGCGGUUUCCGUGGCGGACCUAGAGGUUUCGACGGUGGACGUGGACGUGGUGGCCACCGAGGAGGGUUUGGCGGUCGCGGAGGAGGCUUCCGAAGCGGCGGCGGCGAUUUCAGUCGCGGUGGUGACCGAGGCGGAUACGGCGCUCCUAGUGAUGCUCCCUCCGGACCCGGUUUCGAUCGUAGGAACGGAGGCCAUGGUGACCGUGACCGAGGUGACCGAGGUGACCGAGGCGAUCGAAGGGGUGACCGAGGCCCUGGUGGGUAUGAUUCUCGAGGCGGUGGUCGCUCAUAUGACGACAGACAAGGCGGUGGCCAUCGCGACGGUGGCCGAUUCGGUGGGGAUCGCGAGAACCGACGCACCGGAAGCAACAACGAACCCAUUGGCCGACGAGAAGGUGGGUAUCGCGAAAGGGACCGCGACUUCGACAGACCUCGCGAUGACGACGGUGGCCGUAAGCGCGGUUAUGACGGCGGCUACGAAGAUCCCAGGAAGCUACGACGUUACUGA